AUGGCUACACCAGAACAAGCCCCUCUGGCCUCGCGGCAACCAGGAAAUGACCUUCGCCAAGACCUGCCAGACGAGUCCACCCCGUUGCUGAAUCGGGAAGAAAAUGCCGUCGUGAAUGGCGAGGAUGAGGGACGCGCUGCUGUAAUUGGCAGGCGCUUGAGAAGGUGGAAGCAGGACCGCUGGAUCUCGCUCUGUGUCAGCAUCCUGCUGGUAGCAGUCGUCAUUGUUCUUCUUGUUCUGUUCGGAGUAUACCGGUCGAGCAGGAUGAAUUCGACUACUUCUCUCUGUCUGACUCCGGCAUGCAUCCAUGCUGCGUCGGAGUUCCUCUACAGCCUGUCGCCCAAGUAUCAGGAACUCGAUCCCUGUACCGACUUUGAGACGCUGGUGUGCGAUGGCUGGAGAGACCGCCAUGACAUGAGGCCUGACCAGAGUAUGACCGACGCGCUGAACAUCAUGGCUCAGAACGGCGACUCGAUUCUGAGGCACGUCCUGGAAGGCAUCUAUCCCGGCGAGUCGAACCACUCGACUUUCUCGCCCAGGAGCUUGGCGGAAGCUACCGCCUCUAUUGAUGAGCAGAACUUCAACGAAAUCCAGCGUGCGUACAACGCUUGCAUGGCUGUCAAUGACAUCAGCAAGCGCGGUAUCACGCCAAUUGAAGAGGUUCUGAAGGACCUGACGUCGACAUUCAAUGACUCGUCGUCGUGGAGCGACAGCCUACUGUUUCUCCAGCGACACGGGAUCGAUGCCUUCUCGAACAUCUAUGUCACUGCUGAUGACAAGGAACCGGACACGACUGUCGUAGUCAUCGCUCCACGCGAGGCCCCCGGACUGCCGGCCAAGGGCUAUUACAAAGAUGACGAGGUUGUCUCCGGGUACCUAGAUGCAAUCACAAAGGUACUCGGGGCUAUCAAAUCUACAUCGCAAGACGCAAACAAGACCGCAAAGGCGAUUGUAGAUCUCGAGAUCAAGAUCGCGGGUGCUACUCCGGAUAUCGAGGAAUUUAGCGACAUCACUAAAUCCUACAACCCAAUGGCUCUCAAGGACAGCGCGAAGUUGAUCCCGGAACUUGGCCUCGACCAUGUGGUUCAGUCGCUUGCUCCCUCCAACUACACCGUGAACCGCACCAUCACAUCUUUUCCGGAAUUCCUGCAAAAUGUCUCCUCUAUCCUGUCUGACAGCCCGAAAGAAGCAAUUCAAGGCUUCUUCGUUUGGAAGGUGAUCCAGAAUACCGCGAACCUGGUUGAGGCACCCGAGGUCAAGCCCUACAAGCAGUUUGUCAACACACUUAGCGGCAAGGACCCGGACGCAACUCCUGAGAGGUUCCGCACGUGCCUGUCCCACGUCGACAGUGGCCUUGGCUGGAUCCUGUCCCGAUUCUUUGUCGAGAAGGCGUUCUCUGAGAAGGCCAAGGAUCUAGGAGACCAGGUCAUUUCAGAUAUUCGAAAGGUCUUCAUCUCCAAAAUCGAGUCGCUCGAGUGGAUGGACGAUGAAGUGAAGAAAGUCGCCACCGACAAGGUCCAGAAGAUCACCCAGAAGAUUGGAUACCCUACCAAAUCGCCCAACAUCUUGGAACCGAAGGCCCUCCAGGACUAUUAUGCUGCACUCAACACCACCGACGUCUACUUCGAUAAUGCAAUUGCGCAGGCUGAAUUCCAAGUGAACAAGACAUGGUCAGCGCUUGGCAAGCCCACUGAUCGGGACCAAUGGGGAAUGACUGCCAGCACUGUCAAUGCUUACUACAACCCUCCUGGCAACGAGAUUGUGUUCCCCGCAGGCAUCAUGCAGUUCCCCCUUUUCGGUGGCGAUCUGCCUUCCUACAUUAAUUACGGUGGCUUCGGUGCCGUUGCUGGUCACGAGCUUUCCCACGCUUUCGACAACAACGGUCGUUUCUAUGAUGCCGAGGGCAAGUACCAGGACUGGUGGACGAACAAGACCAUUGACGAGUUCGAGAAACGGGCGGAUUGCUUCGUUGAGGAGUAUUCCAACUUCACCGUUCAGGGUACUAACGGCACCCUGCAUAUCAACGGCAAGAAUACCGAGGGCGAGAACAUUGCCGAUGCUGGCGGCCUCUCAGCUGCUUGGGCCGCAUGGCAGGAGCGUCGCAAGUCGUCGCCUGACCUCGACCUUCCGGGCCUCAACUUCUUCACCCAGGAGCAGCUGUUCUACAUCACCUACGGCAACGUGUGGUGCUCCAAGUUCAAGCCGGCCAUGUUGACCCAGAGGGUGCUGACGGAUGAGCACUCGCCCGACAUGAUCCGGAUUCUGGGAACCGCCAUGUACAACUCGCGCGGCUUCAGAGAGGCCUUCAAGUGCCCUAAGAAAGACCCGGUCUGUGAGCUGUGGUAA